CUGUGAGUGUUUUAAUGGAAGUGUGGAAUUAAGUCUGGUGUGACAAUGGCCCUAACUAAGUCAAGUUCAAAGGAUGAUGUCCUAGCAUACUUGUUCUCUUAUUUGGGCACAAUUACGGAGGAGACAGCUCAAGAGCUUUAUGGGGCAUUGAUUUAUAAUGUUUUGUUGGGAGUGAAUUUGUCUUUGGCGUAAAACUAGAAUGUUUUGCUAAGAAUAAUGGCUGAUGUUCCGUGUCCACUGUGCCUCCACAUUGUACCUGGUUUGAGGUCGAUCAAUAAUCAUCUGCUUGAACAGCAUGGUGUUGCUGCUACAGCACAAGUUCCAGGUGGCUUUAAUUGUCCAUUCUGUGUGAGAAACUUUGUGACCCUUCGGUGGUGGAAAGUGCAUGUUCAGAUCCAUUUAGCUCAAGUAAAUGUAGAGCCAAUUCAACCCGAUGCAGCAGCUGAUAAUAUUGGCAAUAUUGAUAUGGAUCAUGACGGUGAUGCAAAUAAUAUGAAUAUAGAUGAUAUUUCAGAAGGCGAUGAAGAAUCUAGUAAUGAUGAGUGGUCAGAGGAUGAAGAGGACCCACGAAUUGCUCUGCUUGAGGAUUUACCGAAUGGGAGGAAAGAUUUGAAACAUGCUGCUGCUAAUAUGAUAUUGGACAUGAGAGGAGUUAGUGCCAUGACGAGGGUUGGUGUGCGUAGGGCCAUGCAUGCUGCUGAUCUUGUGCUCAAGUUAAACAACAUGCACUUAAAGGAAGAUGUAGCAACUUAUUUGAAUUCUGUAAAUUUACUAAAUACACCUGAAGCUCAAAACUUAUUACAGAAUUUUGAAAAAGACAGUCCCUUUAAAGGCAUGUUUUCUGACAGCAGCCAAAUUUCUGCUCUCCAGAGAUAUAAUUUUUACCUUCAGCCUCAGACUGUUCUGGUUCAUGAUCGUUUAGAUCAAAGAUUGCAUGGAGACGACAUUUACAUUCAAAGACCAGUGCCUAGUACUUACGAAUAUAUUUCAGUCCAACAAAUACUCAAACAAAUUGUGAAAAGGAGAGAAAUAAUGGAUUAUGUAAGGUCUCUUCGUCCUUCGACCAAUGGGAUGUUGUACUCAUUUACUGAUAGUGACCAAUAUCGUAGGAGCCCUUUCUUUCAAGAGCACCCUGAAGCAUUUCAGCUUGUACUUUACUAUGACGGUGUCGAUCCUUGUAGAAGUCAAGGUCCGAAGUCUGGACAUCAUGAACUUGGUAAUUUCCUUCUGCGGAUCCUGAACCUUCCUCCAAGAAUUAACUCGACCAUGGCAUCGGUCUUUCCGCUCAUUCUUGCUAAUUCUAAUGAUUGCAAAGGCACAUUUGAGGGAGUGUUGCGCAAACUUGUUGAUGAGGUUAUAGAACUUGAGAACGGGGUAGACAUGUAUGUUGCUGAUAGGGGGAUGGAACGAAUUUUUGCUACAAUUGUGGCAGUUAAAGGAGAUUCAAAGGCUGUGCAUGCUGUGCUUGGCUUCCUUGACUGUGGAGCUAGACAUUUUUGUCGUGAUUGUAUGAUAAGCCGACCAGAGUUGCAUGCUGGUAUUUUCCCCUUCGGAGUACAGCGCACUCAAGAAUUAUCGAAUGAAGAUCUGAGAAGGGUGCAGGAAAACGUUGCCUAUAGUACUCAAUGUGGUUUGCGGUAUCGACCAGUCUUGCAUGAUCUCCAGCACUUUAGAGCUGAAGACAAUAGAAAUUUUGACCAUGGCAUGCAUGAUAUGGCAGAAGGCAUAAUUCCACUUUUAAUUAGGCUUUGUCUCAGGCAGUUCCACAUCGCAAACUUAUUUGAUAUUAAUGAGUUUAGUGCCAGAAUUUUUGCAUUCAACUAUGGAAAAGCUAAUGCAAAGGACAAACCUAAUGUUACAUUCGAUAGAGAGAUGGUGCAAGAUCCUAAUGGUAUAAGUUUAAAGCAAAAUGCAGGUCAAAUGAUGGUUUUCUUUAGAGCUCUGCCAUUUCUUCUGGACAAUCUGGCUGAUAAUCCACAGGUUUUAGUGGAAAAUGACUUUUAUCAAAUGCUCAUUUUGCUACUGAAAAUCUUUCAGUUGUCUAUGGCUCCUCAGAUACCAAGAGACAUUUUGCCACUUCUGCAAAGAUAUUUGGAACAAUUUAGGAGGACUUGGUAUGUUUUAUUUCCUGCUGUACACCCUCCCAACAAAUUUCAUCAUAUAAUGCAUCUUGUCCAAAACACCAAAGAAAAAGGCCCGCAAAGACAGUUCUAUUGCUUCAGAGAAGAGGGGAAAAAUUGUCCUGUCAAAAGACAUGUUGUAGUUUGCAACAAUUUUAUCAACCCUCAGAAGACUUCCAUGGAGCAAGCACAAAUAUUUCAGGCCAAGGCAUGGGGAGGUAGAAAUUUAAAUGUUUUCCAGAAGAGCAAAUAUUUUAAGAAACAAGUUUGUUCUGUCCACAACCUUCCAUGUGCUGCUGCCCUGCUAGCCCUGGGUUUGCCCCUCGAGGGUCAAGUUAUGACAGUGAGAGGUAUUGAAAUUUAUGGUGUGGAGUACAGGUGCAAUCAGUACCUACUCAUCCUGACAGAGGACUGUUCUCCUGAUGAUGGUCUACCCAGAUUUGGAAAAAUAAAAACAAUGAUCUGUCCAGGUGGUCAAGGUAGCACUGUUAUAUUUGGGGUGGAAGCAUGCACAACUAAUGGUUUUGUGGAACGGCUUAAUGCCUAUGUUGUUUCUUCCCGUAAUAAUGCACCAACGCAUUUAAUUGACUUGCAUGAUUUACCAAAUCAUCCGCCUAUCUCAGCAUGGCAUGAUUUCUCAACGGCAAGAACGUAUCUGAGCUUAAAGCAUGCUGUGUUCUAACAUGAACAGCUUCUCGCUCAAGAAAUAGAUGGAGAAGAUUUUCUAGCAUUUUCAGAGGAAGAACUGCUUAAAAACUUUCCAAAAAUAUUAUUCAAACAACGCAAAGAAGUUAUGAAACUGGUGAAAGGUUUAUCUACUUCUCCUCUCGAAGAUCCAAC